AUGGGUAGUUUGUUGGAACUACUUGAUGUGUGGGAGAUCCAGUUGCUUGUGCUUGUUAGCUUCAUCCUUCAAGUGUUCCUCUUCUUCACCGGCAGUCUUCGAAAGCGAAGCACCAAUGGAUUGCUCAGGGGCACCAUUUGGUUGGCAUACCUAGGAGCAGACUUGGUAGCGAUUUAUGCUCUAGGUUACCUCUCGCGACACGUGGACACCACUGUCAAAAAGGGCUACAGCACAUUAGGGGAAAGCCACCCACUUGUUUUCCUGUGGGCGCCUUUCCUCCUGAUUCAUCUUGGUGGGCAGGACACCAUCACUGCUUUCUCCAUAGAGGACAAUAACCUGUGGCUGAGACAUCUGCUAAACUUGGUAGUUCAGGUGACCUUGUCCUUGUAUGUAUUCUUGAAGUCCACUUCCUGGCACAACAAUGUGCAGCUUCUUGUUCCGGGCAUUCUCUUGUUUGCUGCUGGAAUUAUCAAGUAUGGAGAGCGGACAGUGGCUCUCAUGUGUGGGAGACAAAGCAACAACAUCAUGUCACCCGCUAUUAAAAUUAGCAAGGAGAUGUUUCAGAACAGUUCAGCUGUGAUGUUUACAAGGGACUUCAUGGUGCCCAAAGUCUUGGAUAUUGAGCUUAGUUUGAUGUAUGAUGAUAUGUAUACCAAGGGUGCAUUACUACAGAAAAGAAGUGCCAUCGUAACACGGUGCAUCUCUCAAGUAUGUAUUAUUGCUGCCCUCGUGAUAUUUGCUGUCAUGAGCAACAAACAAGCACCUGGCAUAUCACACAGUAGUGUUGAUGUUGGGAUCACCUACAUGUUGUUUAUUGGAAGUAUUCUGCUAGAUGUCUGUGCUUUGUUUACAGUGUUGCUGGCUUCACCUUGGACAUGGUGGUGGCUAGAGGAUCGAGGAUAUCAUAGGUUGGCUCACAUAUCAUGGUCUCUUGUUGGGAGGCCAGAAUCAAGGCCACUGUGGUCAAACAAAAUGGGCCAGUACUGCUUUCUAAGCUACCUUGGCUCGUACAAUGAGCCAGUUACAGUGUCCCAAAGAGUGGUGGGAAUGAUGAGGAAGAUAGCGAGAGCAGUCGGCGUUGAAAGCCAGGAGAUCAACUGGAAAUUAUUUUGGGUGAGCAAGUUGGUUGACACCAGGUACGAGACGGUCGACAAAGAGGUGAUGAAGUGUGUGGUGGAUGAGAUUCUAAGCCUCACAUCAUCCAGACAAUUCAGGCAGAAGUAUCGACACAUGGGGCCAUUUAUCAACUGGUUGUCAGGAAUGGGAUCACAACUUGGCGGAUUUGCUUUUUCCAUUAAAUUGCUGCAUGUUAUAACAAAUACUUACUUGAUGAAAGUCAGUGAGGCAUCCAGCUCCUCCAUCACCGCUUUGGCAAAAGUCUGCCAAAAAUUAUCCAACUAUAUGAUGUACCUGGUUUCUGUGGACAAAGAUGUUUCUACCUUAUUGCAGCGGGGAAUUAUGAAUACCAGAUUUUUCUGGACGAUUUUGGACGACAUCACCGUCAAUAGCAUGGACUUCUCCCCGGAUGAUCUCAUAGAGAAACUACGAUAUGGAGACGCCGGCAAGGUAUUCCCUUGGAUGGAGGAGCAGAACGAGGAGGCGCUGGAGGAGCUGAGAGACGUUUGGGUGAGGCUCCUCAUCUACGCCGCCAGCAAGUCCCGGAGGGAGGCACACGCGGCGCAGCUGGCCAGAGGUGGGGAGCUCCUCACCUUCGUAUGGCUGCUCAUGCAACACCGUGGCAUCGGGGAUGGCAUGCCGCUUCGGCUCGAUCUGUCAGCUGCCCCAUCUGGAGAUGACCCUAUAUUCAAAGUAAUCAACCUCUUCGAUCUCUAG